AGAAAGAAAAAAAAAAAAAAAGAGAGAGAUCCACGAGUUGGCCCCAGACCGGAGAGGAGCAUCGGGACGUUCAAACAUCCGCCCAGCUGCGUUUUUAUUUUUCCCGCAACGACAGAGAGUAGAGCAGAGACUCCAGCGACGCGUCUGGAAACCGGAGAUCGCCGGGCCCUGGGCUGCCUCCUCCUCCCGCAACACCUAAGCCGCCAUGGCAGAUGCACGUGGCAGAUCUCGUUUUCUGUGCUUCCUGGUCAGCGCCUUCCUGGUCGCGCUAGCAAAGAGCGAAGGCCUGGUGAGUCUGGGACGAUUUCUCCGAGACCCUUUACCGGUGGCACCUUUUAACGUGACCACAAGAUCGACGCUCGCCACCAUACGAGGCCGUUUCUGGAACCUUCGGCUCGUGGGACUUUCCGGGACUCGACUCCGCCAAGCCACGGCUAAUCUGACCGGACAGAUUGUCGAAGUGACCACGAUCACGGACGUGGUCUCCCUUCAGGGAGAGUACAAGCUCAACGGUGAAUUUGCGUUCUUGUCGUUGAGGGGCGAGGGCCAGUUCUGGAUGAACGCAACGAACGCCGUGGCUUCUGCGAGGGCGGUGCUGGAAAAGGGUCCGGACGGUGGUCCGAGGGUACGCGACGUGGAUGCCAAGCUGGACGUUGGGGACAUCAAGCUGCACAUGGAGAACCUGAUGGGUGGAGGCGGCUGGUCCAGCUUCAGCAAUUCUCUGUUAAACCAGAUCAGCGGGACCGUCUUCAAACAGGCACAAAAAUCCUUGCGCAACGAGCUCCAAGGCAACAUCCGCAAGCAGAUGAACCACGAACUGUCCAGGAUCCCCGUGAACCUCACCACACCCCGAUCGGAGCGGCUCGUCGACGGCCUGAUCGAGCGGGCCGGCGAACAGAUCAGGGCCAUCGGCGCCGAUCCGUUCAGCGUACCGGACCAGAACCACUCUUUCCAACAGGACCUGCUCUUCCUCACCGCCCACGGAGAAGCUCAUCUAACAGAAGGCCGGCUAUACGGUCUCUCGUCCGUGAAACGCGCUGGAGACCUGUUGGCUCUGUACCAGGACCGUCGAGUGCUCUUCGAAGCCGACCUAGAGUUCGGCAACCUAACCGGCGCUUGGAAGUGGUGGGUGCAGUUCUUGGGUGCCGGACCGUCCGGUGAAGCGUCCCUGCUGGUCAAGGGUCUUGCGCUUCAUCUGAGACUGUCGCUACCCGUCGGUGACGACGUGACGGUGGGGCCGCUUCAGCUGGAGGCGCUGGAAUUGAGGGACGUUGGUCAGAUUUGGUUGGAUGUUCACGGCAUGGGCAGUUUUGAUUUUUUGGUCGAGGUGUUCGCGAAUCUGGUGAGCAACGCCAUGAAGUGGCAGAUCGCCGAAGCAGUGCUGGUGCCGAUUGCGGAUGCUAUCCGACAUGAGAUUUCCACUUUGCCUUUGCCUGAGUUUCUCUAGAUCGUUGUCAUUCUUUCUUCUUUUUUUUUUCACAAUUUCUGGAUACAUUUAAUGUUGGCUUCGGUGCUCGGUGUCAAAAUACGUCGCCAUGCCCUGUGUUAACAACAUCGACACCCUACCAAAGCACGCCUCAGCGUGCUCUGCUCUGCAAUAAAAAAAGUCGCAAGCAUGGGUCGCUGAGUGCAGAUCUAUAGUUUCAUGAAGCAUAUUAUAUUGUUUGUUAGUAAUAUGAAUGAUGUGUUAUAACAAGAAUGAUGUGCUGGGCUCUUUCCGCAAAUUCCUCACCUGAUGACAAACAGUACAAAUUUGCUGGGGGUGAUGAAUAAAGCGGAUUUUCUAGUUGUAAAAUA